AUGUCACCAUUACCAUAUCGUAUCGUUCGUUUUUUAUUCCAAAUCUCAAGUAAUGCAUUUUAUGCGGUUGAGGUUGACGGAAUAGAAAACAUUCCUCCAGAUGGGUGUCCUACAAUCCUUUGCCCAAAUCAUUCAAAUUCUCUAACCGAUUCUAUUUUAUUAUUGAGUUCGGUGCCUCCUGAAAAAAGGGACAUGAGUGUCGGUACAGUUCCUAUUAAGAGAGCAAAAGAUUAUAAUAAUGCUAAAGUCGAUAACACUUCAUCAUUCGAAGUUCUCAUUGAUACUCUGGAAAAGGGAAAUUGUAUUUGUUUGUUCCCUGAAGGCAUCAGUAGAUAUCAUAGUCAGAUCGCAAAUUUCAAACCCGGAAUCCUUACUCGUAAUAAGGAUAAGGAGGACUUUUCAGUUAAUUUACUAACGGUCUCGAUCGUUUACAACCACCGUGAAAAGUUUCGAUCGAAUGUGUUGGUACAAUUCAAUCCACCCAUCGUUCUCACACCGAAGCAUCAAAAUCUCUUAAAAACUAUUACAGAAGAUGGUAGGAGGCGUAGUAGCGAACAAGCGAUAAAUGAAUUAACGAAUGCAAUGGAAGAAAUGGUUCGUUCAAAUACUCUGGAUUCACCUGAUUGGCAAACUUUAAGAAUUGCUCAUACUGCAAGAAAAUUAUAUGCCGGAGAACUUGGAACCAGAAUUUCUUUUUCAGAAUAUGUUAAAUUGACGAAGAAAUUCAUUGACCUUUUGUCUAAAGUCAAGAAUGUUGAGAACGAUAUUGUCGAGGGUUCGAGUAAUAAUAUUCCAAAUGGUACUAGCAUUUUGGAUGAGAAAGAAUUCAUCGUAGAACGUAUUGAUUCCGGUAAUUUGUUAAGCGUGGAUAAUCCCGAUAUUCAAAAUGAAAAGAUCUCUCAUCAAGGAGUUGAUUUAGCAGAUUUAUCUAGAGAUUUGACCGCCUAUCAAGAUCUUCUGGAUUCACGUGGAAUUAAAGAUUAUAGAUUUAGUAAUCCCACUCCACUCUCUAAACCUGCGCUUAUAUUCCGUAUUUACUUACGAGUUAUUUGGGCAUCUGUUCUUGCAUCCCUCUCACUACCUGGUUGGGCUUUGUGGUCGCCUGUAUUUGUUGCCGUCAAAUUUAAAGAAUAUCAAAUUCGUAAAUUACCCAUAGCAGAGAACCUUGAUGAGAUUGCUCAAUACAAAUUACUCAUUUCCGCAAUUUUACUCAUUCCAAUUUAUUUGAUCGCAUGUUUCUUUACACUUCCAUUUAUUUUGAUCACAUCGUGGUUAAUUCCAUUAUUGAUGUGGUUAACUAUAAGAUGGACGGAAGAUUUAUUCCAGGCCAUGAGAUCUUGUAUUUCACUCACCAAAUUAUUAUUCUUGCCACUUUCCGAAUAUAGUGAGAUUCGUUCUAUAAGGGAAAAUAUUAGAAUGAGAGUACAAGAAUUGGCCGUUCACGAAUUGGGAUUACCUGAAAAUCCGGAAAAUUUAAUUAGUAAAUCCAGACCUCGAGGAAUGGGAUACUUUAGUAUUAGGAGAAGGAGAAAGAAAGAUUAUAAUGAAGUUUUAAGGUUAUGGGAUGUUUCAGCCUAUGAAUAA